AUGGCAACAUUUCAGGCUAUCAUGGAUGAAGUGCUGGAGAAACAUAGGGCCGGGAUUGUAAUCAAGCAGGUUGCAGCAGGCAGAGAGUUCAAGGGCUGUCCCUUCUACAGCAAGCCUGAUGUCAUACACUUUAAGGACUUUGAUGUGGGUAAAACGUAUAAGAAGAAGGUGACGCUGACCAAUGUGUCAUACACUGUCAACUAUUGCAAGUACAUAGACAUCACUGAGCGACUCAAAGACUUCAUCAACAUUCAGUAA